AUGAGACUUGAAAUCCUUUUUGCACCCGCACUUGCGGCUUUUGUUCGAGCUGCUGGAGUCACUGGCGCUGCUGAAGGCUUUGCCAAAGGUGUCACUGGUGGUGGCUCAGCCGCUGUUGUCACCCCUACGACAACUGCCCAGCUCGUGUCUUAUCUCGGUGACUCCUCUGCCCGAGUCAUCAUUUUAGACCGAACCUUUGACUUCACUGGAACUGAAGGCACGACUAGUGCGACUGGCUGCGCUCCCUAUGGCACGGCUUCUGCCUGUCAGCUUGCCAUCAACAAGGAUGACUGGUGCACCAAUUACCAGCCCAACGCACCCAAGGUCAGUGCCAAGUUAAAUUUCUGUGGAGUUCGAGGCCAUUCUAACCUCUCAACUCUAUCACAGGUCAGCGUAAAGUAUGACAAUGCUGCGUUGAACCCCAUUCUUGUUGGGUCAAACAAGAGUCUCGUCGGUGUAGGAAGCAAGGGCAUUAUCAAGGGCAAGGGCCUUUACAUUGCAAAGGGUGCCAAGAACGUCAUCAUCCAAAACAUUCAGAUUACCAACCUCAACCCUCAGUACGUCUGGGGAGGCGAUGCUAUUGCCCUUGAUAACACGGAUCUUGUUUGGAUUGACCAUGUUACUACUUCGCUUAUCGGCCGGCAACACAUUGUUCUUGGCAACAACCCAAGUAAUCGAGUGACUAUCUCGAACCACAAGCUCGACGGUGCUACCUCUUGGUCAGCCACGUGCAACGGCUACCACUACUGGGGCUUUUACUUCACAGGCUCUGCUGAUACUGUUACCUUCAAGAACAACUACAUUUACAAGACCUCCGGCCGUGCCCCCAAGGUCGGCGGAAACACCCUUCUCCACGCCGUCAACAACUACUGGUACGAUAACGCCGGACACGCCUUCGAAAUCGGUGCUGGCGGUCAGGUCGUCGCCGAAGGCAACAUCUUCCAGAAUGUAGCUACACCACUCGAGGCGUCGAGCUUUGCUGGUAAGCUCUUCUCGAGCCCCAGCACCUCCGCCAACGCCGUCUGCUCUUCCUACCUCGGCCACGUAUGCCAAGUCAACGGCUUUGGAAGCUCUGGCACUCUCUCAGGCAGCGACACUGACUUCCUGGUCAACUUUAGCGGCAAGAACGUUGCUUCCGCUGCGGCUUACUCCAGUAUCACCGGUCUCUCGUCCAGCGCGGGCUUUGGUACCAUUUAG